GGAUUUGUUCAAAUGUGGGAAGUCAAGAGAGGCCCAGUUCCUUUGGGGAAUGCAAUUCAUCUCUUAAAAGGAAGUCCCCUUUCCCUGGCUCCCUAAUCACUAGGGAAGAGCUGGACACAGGCUACUAUCAAGGCAGCAAGGGGGGAACAUGACCACCCUUUCUCCAGAAAACAGCCUCUCUGCCAGGCGGUCAGCUACUUUCAUUCUGGAGAAGAGAAACCCCUCCAUUGACAAGGCAGAAUGGGAUAGCUUCUUCGAUGAGAACGGUCACUUGGCCAAGUCACGAGACUUCAUUUGUAUUAACAUCCUGGAAAGGGGACUACAUCCCUUCGUGAGAACAGAAGCCUGGAAGUUCCUUACGGGGUACUACUCAUGGCAGAGUUCCCGGGAUGAGCGACUCAUGGUGAACAGCAACAGGAGGAGGAACUAUAACUCCUUGUGCCAGAUGUAUGAGAAAAUCCAGCCCCUGCUGGAAAACUUACACGGGAACUUCACAGAGACUCGGAACAACAUCGCCUACGACAUCCAGAAGCUGUAUGACAAAGAUCCCCUGGGCAACGUGCUUAUAGACAAGAAGAAACUGGAGAAGACUCUGCUGCUGAGUUACGUCUGCAACACAAAGGCUGAGUACCAGCGAGGCUUCCACGAGAUGGUGAUGCUUUUCCAACUGAUGGUGGAGCACGACCAUGAGACCUUCUGGCUCUUCCAGUUCUUCCUGCAGAAAACAGAGCACAGUUGUGUCAUUAACAUCGGUGUAGGCAAAAACCUGGACAUGCUCAACAGCCUGAUCACUUUACUGGACCCUGAAUUUGCUGAACACCUCAAAGGGAAGGGCUCGGGAGCUGUGCAGUCCCUCUUCCCAUGGUUCUGCCUCUGCUUCCAGCGUGCCUUCAAAUCCUUUGAUGAUGUCUGGAGGCUCUGGGAGGUCCUGCUGACGGGGAAGCCUUGCAGGAACUUCCAGGUCCUGGUAGCCUACAGCAUGCUACAGAUGGUGCGUGAGCAGGCACUGCUGGAGUGUAUGAGCGGAGACGCCAUUCUCAUGGCCUGCAACAACCUUAUCGACCUUGAUGCGGAUGAACUGAUCUCAGCUGCCUGUGUGGUUUAUGCUGAGCUCAUGCAAAAGGAGGUUCCUCAGCCGUUACAGGAGUUCCUUCUCUAAGGACACCGACAGUCACAAUGGACACAUGCCCUCAAUGGACUGGAUGAAGGCAACACUUUAACUAUGGGGUCGGGAUCAAGUCCAAUAAGUACUGGGAUGGGGACAUAGACAAUACAGCACCAGAGACACCA